CAUUUUGGUGCCAUGAAACGUGUUAGCUUGGUAUGCCUUGUUUACAGCAGUACCCACAGACCAGAAGACUGCAAUCUUCAGCGGUUGGAAAAACCACUAUCUCCAUCUACACUAAACAGUGGACAGUACACUACACCCCCAGCCUACCCAACCCAGCAUCCCAAUCAACAGUCUGUGUACCAACCAGCCAUGCAUCUGCAACAAGCCCCUCCUUAUACGGAUGCUCCUCCUGCUUACUCUGAGCUUUAUCGCCAAGGUUAUGUGCACCAACCUACUGCCAAUAUGGCUGCUCUGUCUGCAGCCUACCCUGGAACCUCGAUGUACUUGCCCAUGGCUCAGACAAUGCAAGUUGGACCCAUGGGUUCCUCUGUACCCAUGUAUUACCCCAUUGGACCGGUGUAUCCCCCUGGCUCUACUGUCCUUGUUGAAGGAGGGUAUGAUGCAGGUGCAAGGUUUGGUGCUGGUAGCUCUGCAGCUGUGCCACCACCACCUCCUGGCUGCCCACCCAAUGCAGCUCAGCUGGCAGCCAUGCAAGGUGCCAACGUCUUGCUCACACAGAGAAAAGGCAACUACUUCAUGGGUGGCUCGGAUGGAGGUUACACCAUGUGGUGAGAAGGAUUCGGAGGCACAGAUGGGGGGGCAUAAAGCAACAAAAAAAUAAAUAAAUAAAUAAAAAGGGGCUAACUAUUUUGUACAAGGAAUGACAUCUCACCGCGUGAGCACUUCCCACAAUGUUCUGCUUUAGAAUAAUAACCCAGGAUUGAUGUUUAGACACAGGUGUAAGUGGGAUGUCGGCUCGGUGCUUUCUUACUCCUGUUGUAGGAAAAGGAGGUCCUUUUUUUAAAAAAAGGAAAAAAAAUAUAAAAUGAAUAAAAGCUUUGCAUCCCUUUAUACCACCUCCUACCUCCCACCCCACACAUACCUGCACCAUUUUAUUAUAUCUAAACCGGCUGAUUGAAUAUUACGGGGAACGGGUACAAGGGAAUAACAUCUUGGAGGUAAUUUGAAGUCUCGGCAGAUUUGUUGACUUGUUUGAUAGGAAAAUAUAUGUUCUGUGUAAUCUCUAGAAAGGGGCAUGUAUAUUUUUAAGUGAAGGUAAAUAACGCCUAUAUGCAAAUACGAUAAUUUCAGUAAUCCUGGUACAUCUUUUACCACAUAUUCUACAUGUCCUCUCACCCCUUUAAAAUCCUUAAACCCUAUGUUUUUGGGAUAUUUAGCCCCUAUGUUACUGCAAAAGAACAUCUUGUAAACACUGAGCAGUUGAGGGUGCUGUAACCUUUUUAACGCUCUUAAUGCCACAUGAUUUAGAACAUGUAAGGAUGUUGUAUUUCACCAUGAUGAAGAGGUUGUGGAUAACUCGCUAUCUGUAAUAAGGAUAGAUGUCCUUUGUGCACAGUACAAUAUUUCCAAUAAAGACGUGGUGAUUUUGGCCAGUAGGUGGACUUACACCUCCAUACAUUUCAGUGAACAAUAAGAACUUCUGUUGAAGUGGAAAAAAUGGUUUUCCCUUCAAGGGUGUCACUAACCGCAUCAGGCGUUAUAAGACAUGUUGUAUCAGUGUGAGGACUUCCGAACUGUUUUGAAAUACUUUAAUGUCCAGAUGUGGUCACUACUUCCUUCUUUUUUUUUUUUUCUUCAAAUGGAAUGUUUGUGUCACUGUUUAAACCCAGACAGACAUUUCUGUACUUGUUGCCAAGGAGUAAACUACCUUGUAAAACUGUUUGAGAGUCAAUCCAAGAGUAAUGUUGCAUGUUCCAUGUGUGACGCAUUGAAGGAUGAUCAAUAAAAAAUGCAAAGAGGUGCCUAUUAUUUUUUUUCUUAUUUGUCAGCGUUUAAGUUUAAAAACAAUUCAUAGGCCAUCAUUUGACGGCUAAUAAACAUCCAGUUUAAUUA